CGUCAUCCCCACUCUAAAAUGUACCGCUCCAUUUUGCAUGUGACGCAUCCACAUUGCGUAGGAAUCUUUCGUCGCCGACGGCCGUCCGUACAACAGACAGUGUUGUAAAAGUGUGGUAUUCUGCCCUCUUCUAUCGAAAUCUGAGUUUUUACAGAGUUUGUCUAAAAUGGAAGUUUUUGGGGAUGAAGAGCUAUCGAAAUUCGACGAAGAUGCGAGUAGAGUUAUUGCAAAAGAAGCGUUAGAAAGAACGAGACAACAUGAAGACGACGCCAUAUUGUCACCAAAGACUGAUGCCAACUCGAACGAUGUGGACACCCCGGACGGAACCAUGACAUCCCUGAAUGAUUCUGCGGAAAAACUCCCGAUUUUGGGGUGCACGGAAGCACAGAGUGCUUUCCCUGAUGUCUACCACGUAACAAAUAUUGACCACCAGGAGAGAAUACGGGUCUACACAGAGGACAUACUUGGAGACUGCCGCCCGGACCAGAUAGCAGUGCGCUUCGCCCAGUACGUGCUGUCUCACAUCGAACCCGCUGGGUGGCGCGCCGUGUGGCGCAGCUCUACGGGAACAACAGAAACUACGGGGGCUUUCGACGUGCUCGUCGAGGUUGACGACGUCCGACCAGAGGAUCUUAAUGCGAGUGUCCACAUCGUGUCGCCGUUCCUGUGUGACCGGCCCGACGUGCAGCAGGUCUCGGUGGAGAACCUCCUGGCGUCCCGAGACUACAUGUUGCCUCUGUCCGAACUGUGGCCGCUGUAUGACGAGAACUACGACCACGGAAAGACUGCGUUGGUCAUAGAGCACAUUAGGUUCUUUUAUGACAACAUCUGGCGUCCUUGGGAUGGAGACGACGAGGAGGACUACAGCUUCGUCCUGAGACAUCUGGGACCGAGGCUGAUGCUGUACCACGACCUACACACGGGGGCGGUACCACCGUCCACUACGGAACAGUACCACGCUACACUCGCCCUGUACCAGCAGCGCCUCGCAGAACUGGAUAAGUUUGAGGAUCGGAUGGGUGCGGCGGACUCGGACAGUGAGCUGGACUCCAAUGACGUGCUGGAGUGUGCUCGCAGACACGAGGAGCUGGACGCGCUCAAGAGGUCAAUCCAGGUCAUGGAGAAUCCUAUGAUGAGACAAACCAUAUGUUUCCGGGGCUGCACGGCGGGCCCAGGUGUACCCAAGGGGCCUCGCCCCGACGGAGAACGCGUCACGCACUUGAUAUCAGACAAGUUGACGGUUGGCACGGUAACCGAUCUGGGUUUGCCGCCCGAGACUAUCCUGCAGUACCACACAUCCCUCCAGAUGGCGCUCGACAACACAUUUGAAGGAGACACCGUUCUGUUGUUUCCAGGGAGGCACGUGCUGUCACAGCCCAUAAAGCUCUGUGACCCUAUCACAAUAAGAGGUGUUGGUAAUCCUGAUGACGUCACAGUGGAGAUCAUGGUGGCCACCAUGCAGUUCGCCAUCCUCUGCUCCUCCUUCCACGUCACCAUGUCUGCCCUGACACUGCAAGCCAGCUGUCUGGGGUCCACCAUAGAUGUAACAUGCGGCUGGACCAAGUUGGAAAAAUGCCGGGUCAAAUGUGGCGGGCGUAUUGGGGUCAAAGUGCAACCCAAGGCCAUGUUAACCAUGAUGCAGUGCGAGGUGACUGGAGCAAAUCAACGUGGUAUUGACCUUGAACCAGGCUGUGAGGCAGAGUUAGUAGAUAACGUCAUCCACGGUCACGGGUCUGGCCCCGCCCCUGGAUACGUCAGCGAACCGGCCGCCAUUAGAGUGCAGGCGCUCAAGCCUAGUCCAAAUUCUCCCGACGACCUCCCCCCACCGCUCGUCUUCAAGCACAACCGUAUCGGCCCGAACACCGCCUACGGUCUGCAGAUUCUCGUGGACCAGAUGGAACACUGCCGCCUGGAGCUCAGCCCUGACACCCCUAAAGAACACGCCAUCAGACACAGCUUCAAAUGGAUCAUCACAGAAGGGAACACGUUUGUAGAGAAUGCUCUGGGUGAUGUGGAGAUUUGCCCUUCCAUAGAAACCAUCAAAUUUGAUUAGGAAAAUCUGUGUUCUCUCUGUGCCGGAUGUUUGAAUUCAAUCGGACGACAAACUUCCUAUUAAAGGUAUUGUAUCUAAUUUAAAAAAGUCUGGAAAUGAACUUAUGCAAUGGAAGUGUUACAUGAUAUUUCCUUAAGAAGUUGAAAUGUUGAUAUAGCGUUACAUGUCAUGAACAAAAUCAAUGCAACAUUCUAUGUGUACAAGUAUAUUUAAUAAAGAUGGUUUUAAAUGUGA